ACUGCAGCCCAUGAAAAACGGAUCACAACAGCAGCCCUAGACUUUUAGAAAAAGCUCAAAAAUGUAUCAGAUGAAUCGAACUAAUUUGAAUAGGAAUGAAGUUUACCAUGGUAGAACUUCACAGGGGCUAUUGUGACUGGGUUGGAGUAAGGUGAGGGUGCUUUGAACUUUGUACAAGAGAGCCUUUUCACGAUUGCAUAACACCCUUACAGUCUUCUGCACAGAAAACCUUUUAGAGUUUAGAACCACUCAAGUGAGCCUUCAUUUUGAAGCCCUGGCUACCAAACUUUCCAUGCUUGAUGGAGAUCAGAAAAGAGCGUUUUAUGCAAUAGCUUUUUCAACCAAGGACCAGAAUGGCUCUACUCAAACACCUGAAGUUAUAUGUGCUUUGACAACAUCCCUUACAAUUGCUAAAAACUUUGAAAGGAACUCUCCUGACCACCUUCAGAUCCUAAUUUAAAUUUUACCUGUGGAUCGUUACUAAAAGACUGCCAUCAUGCCCAUUCUUAAGCAACUGGUCAGCAACUCCAAUCAGUCAAAGCGGAGGUCUCGGGCUGACCUGACCGCAGAGAUGAUCAGUGCUCCGUUGGGGGACUUCCGUCACACCAUGCACGUGGGCCGAGGGGGCGAUGCCUUUGGGGACACCUCAUUUCUCAGCACCCGUUCAGGAGAACCUCCCAGGGAGCCAGACAAAAAGCAAGGCUCACCAAGUUCCAAGCCCGGGCUUCUGUCCCGUACCUUCAGAAACAGCAAGCGAUCUCAGUCUGUAAAUCGGGCGGACAAGUGUGAGUACAAUGCGAUGGCACCUUCUGCCGGCUCCUCUCAGUUUGUGAAGACUGCCAUAUCCCUGCCGUACCUGAACGACGAGGGUACUAACAGAGGUAUCCAACUGCCAAAGAGCGUUUCCUCAAGCCCAAUGAAGAAGGUGAAUGAGAUCGAAAGCAAGCCGUUAAAUGGAGCAGCAGCUAUGGCAGCCCUUGAUCCAGAGCUUGAGGAACGGGAUUUUGGCGAACCUACAGAUUUGCCUCCAUCCAUGCCUAAGGGAGGUGGGAUGAAGCACGCAGAGUCUAUAAUGUCCUUCCACAUUGACCUGGGCCCUUCGAUGCUCGGGGACAUCUUGAGCGUGAUGGAAAAGAAAGGUUGGGAGGAGGAUGACCUUGGCUACGAGGAAGGCAAGGGAAGCGAGGGCCAUGCUUCGCCGUCCCUCAUUCCCCACAUAGAUGAUGACGAUGCAGAAGAGCGAGCCCCUGCAAGGCCUCCUCGCAGCAUGUACCAGCAAAAAGCCAUGGUGGAUCCCUACACCCCUGAGCUACAAACCAAGAACAACCACCACAAUAUGGAUAGCUGCUCUGUGUCCAGCUCUGGUUCUGAGGAGAAACCUAACUACCGCCUCCAUGACGGUGACACGGACAGUGCAAAGUACAGUUCCCCACGUGGGGGAGAAGGAGAGAGAGAUUUCACCUUCAUGGACGAGGAUGAUGACGAUGAGAUUAGAGUUUAGACUUUAGCUGCCAAGAACAGUUGAAAAGGACUGUAAACAUGAUAAAUAAGGCUUUUUCACCAUGCUGUAGCUAGGGUGGGCUAAAUGCACGCUACAGUGCAGACUGACUGGCUCACAAAGUGGCCCUUUUUGAAGUGUUUGGGUUUACUCAUAUUACUGGUAAAGUCUCAGUUUUCCCAAAAAAGUAUUGUUUACCACAUUUAAACCCUUAACCAAGAAGAAGCAAUUGCAAACCAUUAGUAAAUAAUAUCACAGACAUAUCAUUUUAAGAAGAGAGAAGAGAUGACAGUGAGAUUGGGUAAUGUGGAUGUGUGGUAUGGAUUCUGUGGAAGGAUGUAGGGAAAGGAUGAGGAGUGAAACCAAGAUGGCGUUAGAAUCCCAGUGUGUGUGAGUGAAUAUGGGGUUUUAUUUGCCAAUGACACUAUUUUGGCAUAGACACUAAACAGAAAAAGUUAUGCCUUUUUAAGAGUUUAACAGUUGAUUUAUGCUAUUUUCUACUUUAUUGUAUCUGCAGUAUCUGGGAGUUAGUAUACAGCAGCCUGCUGCUGUUUUGAGUUGGGUAGAUUAUUAUUUUGUUUCCAUUUUUCAUUGGGAAUAUCUGCAUUCUUUAAAUUCACAGACAGCUGUAAUAUUUAUUAAUUUGUUGUCAUAAGGGAUGGAUCAUUCUUAAUGUGCACUCCUUAGUCUUAAAAUUGUGUUGUUGUUUUUUCCAGAUAUCAUAAUUUCUUAUGGGUACUAAAGACAGAACCAUCUUCUUUGUUAGAGGUUGGCUGAAUUGCACUUAAAUACUGGCCUUAAGUAGGCAAUAAAUUGUCUUAAAUCACUCCUGAUCCCAUGUUCAUUACAGGGAAAUAUCUUUUACAAAAUCAGAGUUGGUGAAAGAUUUUUUUUUUUAAUACAGGAAAACUGUGAAUUGUCAAAAAGAGGCCUUUUGUAAGUGUUAUGUGUCUUGUACUUUAAAAAAAAAAAAAAAG